CCUCCUCCGCCGCCUCCGCCGCCUCCCCCAAGGCUACUGGGCACCACAGUGGCUGAGCCCAUGGUGCCACUGUUGAGGCCCUGGUGGAUGGAGAUGGACAUUGUGGUACUCGGGACGGUUGUCUGCGCAUCUGUUGUCUUCCUCCUUUCAGCCAUCAUCAUCUGCUACAAGGCUAUCAAAAGGAAACCACUGCGGAAAGAGGAGAACGGGACGAGCCGUGGGGAGUACGCCAUGAGCAUCCGUCACAAGAAGACCAUGGGUACCAACAACACUGUGGUGUAGAUCCAUCUAUUACAGGAAGAGACUCAGCUGCGUCGUUUCCCCCUUGUUCCGACUGUCCCUUCUGACUACAAUGCAAUGUGGGUUCACCUGAGGUUUUCAACCAAAAAAAAAAAGAGAAAAUAAAAAACCUUCCCUUGUUGCUUUGCCUGGACUGGAGGCACCAUUCAGCUUUGAGAAGAGAAAUCAAAGCAGAAAGGACUGAAGGACUCACAACUCCCCAUGGUGUGAAAAGUGGCACAGCAGACUGAACAUUAUGCUUUUAGUAAGAGCAAGUGUUGCUGACAGGCUGGUUGGCUGCAGGCUGGAGAGGGACUGUCUGCCAGUCUGCAGCAGAUCCAGACUUCACGAACUGUUGACAUCUGCAGUGGAAGAGCGCCGCAGCCCCCGCAGUCCCGCAGGCCCUCCCGACAGGACGGCCCAUCGCCGCACACACCACUAAUAAAAUGCAUGCAGUUUUUUAAAUAGAGAAUGCAACACUUUUUUUACAAUCUAGCCCCCCCCCCCUCCCCUUUUUUUCUUCUUUUUUCCAUCCUUCAUAUUCGAGGCAGAUGCUUUGUGAGAGGCAUAAUGCGACUGUCGGUCCUGGCUCUGAGAUUUGGAUUCAUCUGACUAUGCAAAUUAAAGAAAUCAAUAUUUUACCAACAAAAGACGGAGGGGGGAAGAAAUUUGGCGAUACCAACGUUCUGAUUCUGUUAUCAUGCCAAAAAGAGACUUAAGCUCCUUGUAAUAUAUUUAGGUCAUUCAUGGAUUUAUUUGCUCUAUUUAUUUUUCUUCAAAUUUAUUUUUAUACUUAAAAAAAUCUAUCCUGUAAGUGACACACAUCUCUACAAAUCCUGAACAUCUUGAUUUGUCUUAUUUCUUUAUAGGUUUGUUUUCUGAGUGAAUUUGUAAAAAACAAACAAAAAGGAUAUUCUGAGAUGUUUCAAUGCUUUAAGAUUGCAGUCAGUUUGGUGAAACACACUUUCUCUGCAAGGUGUUUUGCUCUUAGUUAUUCCAGGUAGUAAUAUAUGUUACAGACCAGUGCAUACUGCGUACACAUCAAGUAUGUACUUGAUAUGUACCCCGUAAAAACUUGUUACUUAUCUGGGUACACCAGAAAUGUACCAGGUGUAUACCUUGUGCUUACUGGCUACCUACAUUAUAUGAACGUUACUUACCAGGUAUAGAUCUAGUACAUACAUUGCACAUACCAGGUAAGCACCCUGUACUUAUCCAGUACAUCCAAUAAGUACACAUUAUGUAUCUGACAUGUACCAGCUGAUUGCAUAGUAUGUACAAAUUUUGUACCUGAUAUUAUCCUGUAUGUACCCAGUACAAACUUGGUAAGUAGCAGAUACAGAGCUGUUUUGUACUCAGUAAGUACCAGGUACAUACCUGGUAAGUACCCGGCACAUACCCCGUAUGUACCCAGUAUGUACCUAAUACUUACCAUUUAAUUACCAAUAUGUAUCUGUUUUGUACCUGGUAAUUACCCUGUAUGUAUCCAGUACAAACUCUGUAAGUAGCAGGUACUGAGUUGGUUUGUGCACAGUAAGUACAAGGUACAUACCUGGUAGGUAGCCAAUAAAGUCCAAAUAUGUACUCAUUACAUACCUUGUAAUAACCUACCUGGUAAAUACCCACUACAUAUCAGAUAACUACCAGGUAUGUUCCAGUUUGUACCCAGUAAGUACUUGGUAUGUAUCAAAGAAGUACCAGGUCUAUAGUUGAUACGUAUCAGGGAAGUACCCAAUACAUACCGGGUACAUACCCAAUAAGACUUGGUAAUAACUGAGUUGUACACAUAUUGUUACUCAUGUCUGUAUGAAUGUGUGCGUUCCAAACAUCAUUUCUGCGCUGCGUCACAUGACAGUCUUUUUCUUUUUUUGUGCACCUGUGAUCACAAUUCAUGUGGCCACUGAACUUCAUAUUUUUCACUCUCGGGGUCAGCUAGAUGCCUUCAACCAUGUUUUGUCCAGAAAAGACAAUCUUCCUUUUUCUGAUCUGUCAAGCAGGCCUUAGCCCGUCUCUGUAGAAACAGGGGACCUGAGCCCGGGGCUGACUUUGGGUCUGGUGACAGACAGGAGACUUUAGCCAAUAGCGAGAGAUCGGGUUGCACUGAGGAUGGCCUCGGCGAGGACGUGGUGUGACUCAGUGCUGUCACAGCCAUCCUCCACAUCCUCGGUGGAAAAACACACAACUGCUCUGCGUUUUAUCUUUUAUUUCCUACGACAAAUCGGUGCGUGGACCGCAUGUGUGCGUGUGCGUCCGUCUGUAUGUGAGUGUGCAUGCAGAUGACGAGUGUACACAGAGUGCUGUCCUGUCAGUUAAGUAUAGAUAUUGACUAAACUGUGGAAAUUUGGAUGAAAAAUAAAAUACACAUGCUUGCAUUUAAACAUGCACAGAUAUUAGCUAACAGUAUAUCCUACCUAUAUGAGAGAAAUGAUGGAUGCAUGAAUGUAAAUAUUGAUAUUUAAAUAUCCGCCUUCUGGACUGUUAAUUCAUGUACAGUGUAACAGAUAUACAUAGUAAAUCUUAAUGUGCAACCAUUUA